UGUUAGUAACCGUAGCUGUCGUCAGAGGCUCUGGGCAUUAAGUUGAAUGCUCUUUUCAAGCAAGAGCCUCUGCAGCUAACCUUAGUUAGACAUAGCAUUUUAUUUUGUUGACCGUAGGCAGCAAAGUGGUGAUGAUGCACCAGCUAACGUAAACUCACACCGUUCCGUACAAAUGUGCGCAACCGCAACAUUCAAACGAGGCUACAAAGAAAACCAAUGUGACUGUUGACGUCAAAAUCGGGGGUGUGAACUAAGUUUCUAUUCAUCGACAUGAAAAGACGUGUCACCAUGCUUCAGGACGUUAUGGACACGGGAGAGUCGAUGGUCAAAAUACUGAAAAGCAGCAAAGCUGACGAUGAAUUAAGAAAAGUGAGAGAGAAACAGCAGUCUUUCUUUGAGCGACACAUGGACACGAUGAAAACCAUCACACUGGUGUUAAACGGUGUAGUUCAGUGUGAGGAUGAGGCGAGCCAGAAGCUGCUGGACAUGGAGAGGCAGAAGAGCCAGGCAGAGUGGGAACUAGACAGCCUGGAGCAGGAGCUGCAGCAGUGUACAGCAAGGAGCCAGAACAUGGACUCAGAACUACAGUUCCUGCAGAGGAAGCUGGAGAGUCUGCGUGUCUCGGAGCAGGAGCUGCAGACCCUGCAGCAGGAGGUUGAUGAUGACACUACGGAGGUCAUCCCAUCAGCCAUAUACGUGGCCCAGUUGUACUACAAGGUGACCAAGAUCAAGUGGGAGUAUGACACGGAGCCACACAUUCUGAGAGGAGUGCACUAUGGAGCUGACCUGGCCACACCAAUCAACAUAGACACCUCUGUGCUGUCUCGGUGUUCAGUCAGUGAUGAGCUGUGGAACUUUGUCAGCACUGAAUGGUAGAAGAGAUCAAAGGAAAGUUGCUAUAUUUGUCCAGUAGUUGGAUUGUCUGUUGUUUGUGUUGUGUGUUGUAAUACAUUUGUUUUAUACUAAGAUUGUAUUCCUAUUGUUGGUAUUGACUUCCAUGACAUUUUGUUAUAUUGAAUAAAGUAGUUUUCCUAAACAUCA